AUGUGGCACAAGGUGCAGGAAAGCUACAAGCUCAAGCCAAAACUGGAGGCUCACAGCAGUGAUCAAGAAUUCGUGGACGCGGUCAAUGCUGUGCGUGGGGCCGACGGUUUGAACCUUGAGAAAUUCACUCCUCCAAAGGACAAAAUGAGAUUGAGAUUGAAGAAAUCAAGAACCCCCUCCACCCCUUAUGAGGACGCGCUGUAUAACGUGACAUGCGCCCAGAUAGAGGAGGCAUCAAUAGACCCAAAAGUUGAAGACCACUACACUCUCAUCUACGCUGUCAAAGACGACGCUCCCCCAACAGCAGCAGAAGCUGUAGACUUCUGGAAAACUGGCUAUAAUGAGCUAGGCCCCGACGUCCCGCCAGCCUUCAAGGCGAAGGUCGAGAUGCGUGCUGAAACAGCUGAUGGCGAAAUCUACUACGACAACGCAGUGGCUGGUUUUGUCUCUCUUAUGGUUGAUGCCGCACGCGAGAUGAGGUGCUAUAACGCUACGGGAUGCUCAAAGGCAGCGGUUAUCUGCUUCCUUUCGGCGCCCACCUUGGUUGAAGGCGAAAAGCCUAUCAGUGCCACUACAUGGCAAAAGAUUUUGACCCUCGAUAGCAACGACAAUUACGACAAGAGUAUGAAGUUCGUAAAACUCCGUAAGGAGAAGCUACAGAGACUACCGCUUACAGCAUAUCUACGUGUGGCAGCCAGCAUUACUGCAUCAAAUGAAGGCCAGCAUUGUCAUCAGGAAACGGAGAACUGUCUCACAGAAAUCAAUGAGUUCCGCACCCAGGACGGCCUCGGCCUUAACGCCUUCGUUGCUAAGACAUCGAGUUCGACCGAUUCUGGUGCCGAUGGGGUCACCACUAGGGCAUCCGAGGCGUUAGAGAUGUUAACGUGCGACGCCCUCAAGUCUGGAAAUGCCCCCUUCUUGUCUACCCUCACAAAACGCAGCCUAAUGUACUACUCUGGCUCUAGCACAUGCUCUGACGCCGUCACCGAAUGGAAGAAGGGCUAUGACAAGUUCAAAGACCUCACAAUUCCUCCAGCGUACACUUCAAGCGAAACAAUGUACAAGACGGGAGCAGCCACAAAUUUUAUCUCGCUUGUCAGCGAGGGAAAAGAGACCGCAGCCACGUGCUACAGAGUCGACGGUUGCACGGAUCCAGGCUUGGUUUGCGUGUUGGAGCCUGCCGUCUUCGAGGAUGGCAAAUCGCCCAUCACUGAGGCCACCUGGCAGAAAGUUACCACGACCUUCAGUAAUGGAGCUAGCGCUACCUCCGUCUAUGGUGCUCUUCUGAGCAGCGUGUUGGUCGUUGUCGCUCUGUUUGCAUUCAUCUUCUAA